AUGUCUCGCCAUCACCCCGAUCUCGUCAUGUGCCGUAAGCAGCCGGGCAUCUCGAUCGGCCGCCUGUGUGACAAGUGUGAUGGCAAAUGCCCCGUCUGCGAUUCCUACGUGCGCCCCACGACCCUGGUGCGGAUCUGCGACGAGUGCUCGUUUGGCAACUACCAGAACAAGUGCAUCGUGUGCGGCGGCGAGGGGAUCAGUGAUGCGUUCUACUGCUUCGAGUGUACGCGCCUCGAGAAGGACCGGGACGGGUGUCCGAAGAUUAUCAAUCUGGGAAGUUCGAGGACGGAUUUAUUCUACCAGAAGAAAAGUUUUCGAAAUCAUUGA